AUGUCGAAUAUUGACUUUCGUUACUAUGGUGAGAACAUUGCCACAUACUCAAAGGAUAUUGAGUUCUUGCAGUUAAGAAAUGUAGAAGAGAUGUGUCUUAUUAUGAAGAAUGCUCGUUUAUCAAUUUCUGAAUUUAAUGAUGUAUUUGGGAGAUUCAAGAGAUACUUCAAUCCAAAGGAGUUAUUUGAAAUAUUACAUAAUACUAGUAUCAAUAUUGAUAGUAUUUCUGAUUCAUUAAUAUUAAUUAAUUCACUUUCAAGCAUCUUAGACACAAGAAUUUUUUCUGAUAUCGGAAACUCUAUUAGAUCAUACAUGAAUACCACAGAAAAAGCACUAUCAGAACCAAAAUUGAUAAGUUCCUUAAAGAAAUGCAGUAAAACUGAUAAUUUGGAGAAUCUAAACAGAAUUUAUAAGAUUCUUUCAAUUGCUGCAGAAGAAAGAGAUGAUGAAACUAUAAAAUAUGCGAUUAGGAAUGGAUACACUGAUGUUAAAGGCGAUAUAUUAAAUCAUUAUGUUGAAAGUGAUUGGAUAUUGCUACGUUCAAAUGCAUUAAUCAAAGCUGCCUCAGUAGGCGAUUUGGUACUAGUUAAAGCCUUAGAAAGAAAUGGUUGCAACAUGAGAUAUAGAACAUUUGAUGGAGAAUCAUUUCUCCAUGCAUUUUGCUUAUCGGAUAAUGUAGAAGGAGUGAAAUACGCAUUAAACUUCUUUGAUGUGAAUGAUGUUACUCGAGCUAAUGAAACUCCAUUCUUUUGUGCGGUAUGGGCAAUGCAGCUUCAAGUGGUUUUAUAUCUUAUAACAAGGCCAGAUUUAAAUAGACGAAUUCGUGCUGAUCAAGGUACAGUUGUUGACGUUGCUUAUUAUAGAGCCAAACAACUUGAACAUCUCUCUGAAGUGUUAGGACGCAAAGGUUUCAAAUAA